CAAAGUUUCAGGGUUUUAAAAUUCAGCAGUGUGUUCAUUGUAUUUUUGAAAGUGGCGCGGAGUCCAGGCAAGUGCCCCGUUUGCCCCAUGUUAAAAGCAGCCCUGGACACAUCCACAUAUAUGUUUCACGUGUUUCACACAUGAACACAUAUUAAGAAAAGUCAUGCUAACUUAUUUCUGACUACGUUCACGUUAUCAGUGAAUAAUACCACCAACAUACAAUAUAGAUUCCAUAAUUUUUAUGUAUUAAUUGUUCUUUGUAUUGUUCAAUAAUUAUAUGUCAUACAUUAUUUUAUUUACAUAUCAAAAUUCAUUUUUACAUUUGUCAUCAUACAUUUCUUGAAUACAAAUUGGUUGUAAAUAAAUCAUCAUACUUGGCGUUGCAGUAACCUAUAUAGUUAACUUGAGUCAUAGUUGAUCACUCUGAUCCGUCAGUUGCCGAAUAACAUAUAUUAUUCUCCCACGUAUGGUAUGAGAGAUCAUAUCAGUUUUCUUUAAUUGUGACAAGAACGACAAAAAUGUUUUCGAGUGGGCCGAAUUAUACUAAACUAAAGACGCAUUUGCGUCUUGCGAUAAAUCGGUUAAAAUUACUCGAGAAAAAGAAAACUGAACUUGCUCAGAAAGCAAGGAAAGAAAUAGCUGAUUAUAUUGCCGCUGGAAAAAUUGAGAGAGCAAAGAUACGAGUUGAACACAUCAUUAGAGAAGAUUACAUGGUCGAGGCUAUGGAAUUGCUCGAAAUGUAUUGCGAUCUCUUGUUGGCGCGUUUCGGACUCAUUCAACAAAUGAAAAAUUUAGAUGAAGGAUUAGCAGAAGCUAUUUCUACAAUAAUCUGGGCUGCUCCCAGGAUUCAGACAGAUGUUCAAGAAAUUAAAGUAAUUGCUGAUAUCUUAACAUCUAAGUAUGGUAAGCAAUACACAGAUGCUUGUAGAGAGGAAGCGGUACAAACAGUUUCUGAAAAAUUGAAGCACAAAAUGAGCGUACAAUCACCAUCUAAAGUUCUCGUAGAGAAGUAUCUUAUAGAGAUUGCGAAGAAUUAUAAUGUUGAAUAUGAGCCAGAUCCACAGGUAAUGUCAGAAGGCCAAGAUGCUCUUCUGAUUGAUGUUGGAGGUGAAACUAGAAAUAAUUUAGACACAGCUUCUGGCGGUGGUAUGCCACAACCAGUUGGGUUUAUUGGAUUUCCCCAACCUCCACUGUUACCUAAUCCUACAUCAAACUUAAUUAAUUCAGAAAAGGGACCUAUGGGAUUUGUAUCUCCAUCAGUACCUACAGAAAAUAAAGAUCAAAAUGUUCCUUAUAAUCCAACUAAUGUUUCUUAUAAUAUUCCUUGGGAUAACUCUAACAGCAAUAAACCUGAAAAUGAUUUGCCUCCACCCUAUGGAUCAUUUCCACCUGACUUAAACAAACAGUCUGAGCAGAAACCGAAACCACAACCACGAUCAAAAAUGCCGAUGAAUGAUUUUCAGCUUCCAGAUCUACCAGCUGUGCCAACCGAGACUGAUUUACCCCCAAACAAUCCAUCUACCAGCGAAGAUAUUGAUUUCGAUGAUUUAAUGAAACGAUUUGAAGAUUUAAAGAAAAGAAAAUAGCUUUUUAGGCUUGUAAACGUAUACUGGGUAUAAUAUGUAUCUUGCAAUACAAAAACUGUAGGUAAUGAAAAUGAAAAAUGUUAUAUAGUUUUAUUACUAUAAAAUAUGCUGGGUUUUAGGAACCUAGAUAUUGCAUUAAUAACAAAUAUGUUAAAUAUUGUGAUAUUGGCAAUUUUUUUUAAUAAUGCUGUAUAAACAGUUUAAGCGAAAAAGUGUUAACAAAACAUUAUGCUAUAUAGUAUUUGCAAUUUUACUAAAGCUAUUAUAUGCUCACUUAAAUUUACUCGAAUGGCUGUUUAUAACUUUUUUUUAUUACAUAUGUCUUCUAUAUAAUCUUUUAUCUUCUUAUGUGGUUGAAAAAAUCAUAUGAAGACAUUCUUUUAAUUUUCCCAAUCUUCACAUUUCUAAAAAUAAAAUUGUUGCUUAUUUUAAUUGUAAUCUAGUGCCUAGUU